GGUUGUCUCUGAUAUUUCAUCUGUGAUGGAGUCCCUGUCGUCACCUUUUCAUGGAGGCCAGGACAAGCAUGUUUUAGAUGAAAAACUGGUACAUAAGGGGACCCGCCGCAGAAGGGAGUUCAUAUCUGAAGAGAAAAAGGAUGCCCACUACUGGGAGAAACGUCGCAAGAACAACGAGGCAGCCAAACGGUCACGGGAGAAGAGAAGGCUGAGUGACUAUGUGCUGGAGACUCAUCUCUUGGCCUUGAAGGAAGAAAACACCAGGCUCAGUGCUGAAUUAACGGCCAUCAAGCUCCACUUUGGCUUGAUUCACUCUUCAGCACACAACCAGCUGCAGCAUCAGGUCCACAGCAGCACCCCCCACCAGUCCCUGCCAUGGAGCUACAACUGGGGUGGCAGAGACGUUUCACUUAUAUCAGGCCACCGACCUUCUCAACCUCUGUUUAUUCCUGCAUACACCCCACAUACCAUGCGAGGCUACCCAUACGUUAACACUUAUAGUAGUCCAAGCUCGGGCCUCAUCUCUCCCCUUGUUCUGCCUCGACAUUUCCUGCCCUCCGAUUCAUCCCGCGCAGCAGCUUCUCUGCCGAGGCCCAUUCCUACAAAAGCUGUCUCAGAUGAGGAGGAGGAGCAGCAGGUCCCGGGUGUGCUGCCUCUGCUAGGCUCAGCUCCACUUCGCAAAAUCACCAGCAAAGUGAGCACAAACAACUCCCCACAGUAUAUACUGGACUGACCAAUGGUUGUGAGAUUGAUGGAGUGAGAUUGUUCAUUUCUCUAUAUGUUCUGUUCAGUGUAAUCUUGC